CCCGCCCGCGCAGAGCCAUGUUGUAGGAAAUCCGCUUGCGGCGGAUUAUUGUAAUCCGACAGAGGGUCUGGGCGACACAUCGGAUCACGACAGGAAAAAACUGAAGCGCAGCGGCCUGGAACAGAUGCACCUCGUCCGAGAAUAACGGGAUAAAGCCGAGACAUGAUCCGCCGCGCUGCUCGGUGCUGCUGAAGCCAGAGAUCGGCGCUGCUGCCCGGGCCGCUUCCUGCCUGGACCGCGGGUCGGCAUCACCGCACCGCAGAGAGGAGUAGGGCAGAGCGGAGAGGCUCCGGUUUGUCGGUGAAACGGACGCCCUCGCUCCCUCUUCCCUACCCCGGUCAGGUCUGACUCCAGCUCGGCUCGGCUCGGUUGCUCUGUACGCGGAGGGACGCGCUGCCGCCGCCGCUCCCAGCCACACCACCAGCUAGCGCGGCUAGCUCGCUCCAGCUAGCCUGCUAGCUCGUCAGGAAGAAUCGGUCCAGUUUAGUUCGGAAUUUCUCCUGUUUUCCGGCCCGCAGCCCGCAGGGAGGGAGCAUGUCGGCCAAAGACCAGAGCAAACUCUCCACCACGGAGCGGCCCGUCAAAGCUGUGCCGUAUCCUCCUGGAGACCGCCUGACGGUCAAAGAGCUGUACGUGGACGGGAGGCCCAGUUUGGAGGUGCUCAAGGCCCAUCUGGUAAAGGAAGGUCGGCUGGAGGAGGAGUCGGCCCUGCGAAUCAUCAACGAGGGUGCCGCCAUCCUCCGGCAGGAGAAAUGCAUGCUUGAGGUGGAAGCCCCCAUCACAGUGUGCGGAGACGUCCACGGUCAGUUCUUCGACCUGAUGAAGCUCUUCGAGGUGGGUGGGUCCCCCAGCACCACCCGUUACCUGUUCCUCGGGGACUACGUAGACCGAGGCUACUUCAGCAUCGAGUGUGUACUGUACCUGUGGGCCCUGAAGGUCAACCAUCCCAACACCCUCUUCCUCCUCAGAGGCAACCACGAGUGCCGACAUCUCACAGAGUACUUCACCUUCAAGCAGGAGUGUAAGAUAAAGUACUCUGAGCGUGUGUACGAUGCCUGCAUGGAGGCGUUUGACUGCCUGCCUCUGGCCGCCCUCCUCAACCAGCAGUUCCUGUGUGUGCACGGAGGUCUGAGCCCUGAGAUCACCUGCCUGGAUGACAUACGAAAGCUGGACCGGUUUAAGGAGCCUCCGGCAUUCGGGCCGAUGUGCGACCUGCUGUGGUCGGACCCGGGCGAGGACUACGGCUCAGAGAAGACCCAGGAACACUUCUGCCACAACAGUGUCAGAGGUUGCUCUUAUUUCUACAGUUACCCGGCAGUCUGUGACUUUCUGAUGAACAAUAACCUGCUGUCUGUAAUACGAGCACAUGAAGCUCAGGACGCUGGGUAUCGAAUGUACAGGAAAAGUCAGACGACGGGCUUUCCUUCUUUAAUCACAAUCUUCUCAGCUCCCAACUACCUGGAUGUGUACAACAACAAAGCGGCGGUGCUGAAAUACGAGAACAACGUGAUGAACAUCCGGCAGUUUAAUUGCUCCCCUCACCCUUACUGGCUGCCCAACUUCAUGGAUGUCUUCACCUGGUCUCUGCCCUUCGUUGGAGAGAAAGUGACGGAGAUGCUGGUGAACGUGCUGAACAUCUGCUCCGACGACGAGCUCCUAUCCGAAGCCGACGACACGGGCGAGGGUGGAGCUCCGGCUGUCAGGAAGGAGGUGAUCAGGAACAAGAUCCGGGCGAUUGGAAAGAUGGCUCGUGUCUUCUCCGUGCUCAGAGAGGAGAACGAGAGUGUACUGCAGCUGAAGGGACUGACCCCGACGGGGACGCUGCCCCUCGGUGUUUUGUCCGGCGGUCGGCGGACUCUGCAGAGCGCCACCGUAGAGGCAGAAGAGGCACGAGCCAUUCAAGGCUUCAACCCGCAGCACAAGAUCCAGAGCUUCGAGGAGGCGCGAGGGCUGGACCGCAUCAACGAGAGGAUGCCGCCGCGUCGGGACAGCAAGCAGCACGAGGCCCCGCCCUCCCUCAACAAUCUGCCGGCGAGCACCGGACCCCCGGACAAGAACGGCACCAACGCUCAGGCCUAGACCCUCCCCUCCUCUCCCUCCUCCUCUCCUUCCUCGCCUCCUUUCCUUUCCUCCCCUCCCUCCUCCCUCCAUCACGAGCGGCAGACGAGGCCGUUCAGUCCGAGCGACUCGGCGCGCUUAAUUUAUUUCAUCAUCGGUUAAAUAUCGUAGAUCCAGACUGAACAGGAAGAAGUCUCAGCGCCGCUCGAUGCCUGCAAUCAGGAGGCAGCUGGUACUCGACGCCACACCUUCGUAUCAGCCACACCUUUUUUUUUUCUUCUUUGGUCUGGGGAGGAAGUGACGCUCAUUCAAACGCUGUGUUCGUGCACACACACACACACACACACACACACACACACACACACACACACACACACACACACACAUCCUUUCUUAUGCCAACGAUAGUGUGACUGAGCUCCGCCGAGCGAGUAUUUACAUUUAUAAUAUAUGUAUAUUUUAAUUGUUCCCUCUUUUCAAUGUGAUGUUUUUUUUUUUUUUUAUAACAUAGACUUAGGCUUUAACUAUCCAGGUGGGAGGGGGCGGAGCCAAGAGUGGAAGUGUGCAGGCAGUGGAGGGAAAGAGUUGAAGGGUCAUUCUGCUUUAUUAAAACUCAGUUUCUGAGCUGAAGCUCGUAAUUCUGGAAAAAUGACUCGAGCCUCCUCUGCCGGUCGAACUUCAGACAGAUCUGUUAUAUUCCGAUAUUUUGGGAAAGCCGGGAACGUGUCAUGUUCCUGUUUUACAGGAGUGAGUUUAACGUGUCCUCCACUGACACUCGACCGCUUCAAACUUCAAAAGAGAAUUUUGUCAAAAACACAUGUAGAAUAUUCAAAAACGAAUCAGAGAAAAAUCUGAAAAUUCUUAAUAAAAUCUCAGAAAAUUAUAAUUUGUGGAAUUUAUCAGAGGAAAAAAUGUUUAAAAACUAAAAGUGUACAUAAAUAAAAUUAUCUGUUAAUAAAUGGUUUGAGCGCUGACGCAGAAUAAAGCUGAAUCUUUUAAAAUGACGGCAGUCAGAAACCACCGAUCCUCCUCGUCUCUGAGCUGGAUGUAAAUAACAAUAAUAACCAUCAUCAUCAUCAUCAGUAAUAAUAAUUUACGUAAUUUUUGAUUGAAAUCGAUUAAUGAGACCGGCAGUUUUAGUAGAACAGAAGAGCCCUUCACACGUUCCCGGAGAGGAGGAGGGAGUUUCAGGUGUGCUUCAGGUGUGAUGAGGACCUGCGUGGGUUUGAUUUGACUGUUGAUUUAUUUUUGUGGGGGGGUCGGGGGUGGGGUGUGUGUGCCGGGCCUCAUUUCUCAGAACAUAUCUCACCGAAUGUACAGAGAGGAAAAAACAUCUGGAUGUUUGUCUGUAAGCAGCUGGAUUUAUUCCUGCGAGGCCUCAUCUCUGUAGACGUUUCACUCAUUCAAUAAAAACUCAACAACAGCU